AUGUCUGAGAAAAGAGAAAAAGGCUACUGGAUUUGCAAAAUCUACAUAUUGGGGGCUAUAGGAGGGGUGGAGGGCCUCUUGUUCCUGCUUGUACUCAUUCUGUCUGGCUGUAUUUACCAGCUCCGAAAAAGAGUGAGGAGACUGGAGAGGGACAGGGAAGACUCUUUGGAGCAGCAGCUUCAUUAUGCCUCUCUCCAGAGGCUUCCAUCCGGGCUGAAGGAAGGAGCUGGAGAAGCUUUUCAAAAUGAUCCCAGUGGGGACUAUGCCUGUGUCAAGAAGUCUAGUAAUGUGUAAUUGCAACUUCAGUAGUCAUACCCAAGAAGUUUAUACCAGGAAGACGCCAAUAAUAGUGAUGAGACCCACCAAAAAUGCUAAGUGAAGAUGGGGAGGGAGGCCCAAGUUCCAGGCUGGUGAUGACCUCAAAGUCUUCCUACCCUCCCCAGGACUCCAACAAAACAGGGGAGUGUUUUUAACCCAAUAAAGAGUAUUUUGU